CUUAUCGAUCAAAUGCAUCCUUAUAUUCAAAGCCCUCACUGAAUGCAAACACAGACAUUAUAGAAAACCUCUAUAUCAUUUCAGUACUCUUAAUUAAAGAUAUGGCUGAAGAAUGUCAUGAAAGAACUGCUGCUGCUACCUCCUCCUCUUUGUAUAAUUGGUUGCCAGAUCUCCAUGCAAGUUCUUUAUCUUCUUGGAGCACAAAUAAUCCAUGGAGCCAACAAAAUAACAGCUCCAAUUCUUCUGGUGAAGAGGAUAUUUCCAUGUUUACGACGUACACAAAUGUUUCUAAUCAGUCUGGUUUCAGUGUCGAGUCGUCGCACAGACUGGUAGAAAGUGUUUCGACUAAUGAGCUGGUUAGCGAAACGGGUUCUGAUAAUCACUCCUGGAGCCAUCUUGUUCUAAAUGGUUGCAAUGGGGACUUGCAGAACAGUAAAUAUGUUGGAGAGAAUCUACUAGAUGAAUUUUCAUCAAAAAACUUGCCGGUUAAGAUGUUUGAUCCUCAACAUGACUACUUGAAGAAAAUGGACAAUGAAUGGGAUCUCACGAAUUUCCGAUAUUUAAACUGUACCAACAAACAGUUAAACGAGAGCUCGGAUGAAACUGAAAGGCUAAACAAGCUGUCAAAUUCAUUCUGCAAUCAGUGUACAUCAUCAUAUCACCAUCAGUUUGGUUUAUGUUCUUGCAAUACAUCAUUAAGUUCCGUAUUAAAGAACUGUGGCAACAGUUUGAUGUCUUCUAGAGGAAACAUGGACAAGAAUUUCAGCUCAAUAUUGUCAGAUCGAAAUAGUCGUGAAAUGAAAGUAGAAAAUAUAGGAGGAGGCAGUGAGGCAACAGGGACUGCAUUUCCUAGGUUGUUCAGCAGUGCUAAUGAAGGGAGUAAAUAUCAAAUGACCUCUAUCAAGAACACAGCCAUAGGGGGUGAUCAUGGCAGAUACCACAGUGGAUUAAAUCAACCAGAUAAUCAAUGGAAUAAUACAAACAAGCCAUGGAUCGAUAUCAAUUCAUCUAAAUCCGAUCUCGAAACUUUGAAUUUAUCAGAUUCUAAGAAGAGGCUGCAACAAACUUCCUAUCCAUUUCAGUCUACCAUAGCAACAAGCUCUACAGACAUAACACGAAGCAACGUGAGGGCACAAAGAAUUAGAAAUCAUGAAGGAAAGAAGAAAAGAAGUGAAGAGAGUUCAGGCACAUGCACAGUUGCGAAGAAGCCUAUGCUUCAACAUCCAACAGUCUCAUCUACAAAGACGCAGGCUCCCAAAGUAAAGCUUACAGACAAAAUCACAGUUCUUCAGCAAAUCGUGUCGCCAUUCGGAAAGACUGACACAGCAUCUGUUUUAUGGGAGGCAAUUUGCUAUAUAAGGUUUCUCCAAGAACAAAUACAGUUAUUGAGCAACCCCUACAUGAAGAACAACUCAUGCAAGGAUCCAUGGGGAGGAUUGGAUAUGGUGGACAUGGAGGUAGAUGAUCUGAAGAGUCGAGGUCUUUGUUUAGUUCCGAUUUCGUGGGCACCUCAAAUAUAUGGCGACAACAAUGGGUCUGACUACUUUGCUCCACCGUAUAGAGGAUGUUUGUACAGAUGAAAUAAUUAGUAUGGAGGAAAAGGUCGAUGGUUAAAAAUAAAUUUAUGUGUGGAAACUGGAAAGGCAGAUCCUUGUUUUCUUAAUAAAUUGGUCGAUGUAAUAAGCUAGCUUCCAUUGUAUACAUUGUAAUAAAAUUUGAAAUGUAUCGCGCAAUGUAUAAACUUAUAUGUAUUCUAUGUUGGAGAGAGUUUUGAGAUUAUCGUUUAUACAUUGUACGAUGUAUCGAAGAGUAA